AUGGGUUGUGUCCAGUCUGAGCCAGACACUAUCCUGAUCCUUGGCAUUGGAUCUGCGGGUAAAACAACCAUCCUGUUUCGAUUGAAAACAGGCCAAGUACAGAGCACACAGCCAACAGUUGGUUUCGUCGCAGAAAAUAUCGAAAUUGGUGGAAAAGAAUAUUUGUUUUGGGAUUUAGGUGGUCAAGAUAAAAUGCGACCACUCUGGAAGCACUAUUUUGAAGGUUCAUCAGGCGUUAUAUUCGUAGUCGAUUCAGCAGAUACGUCGAAUUUUCAAACGGCGAAAGAAGAAAUACACGAAGUUGCACAUGCAGCGCAGCUGCGGAAAGUUCCUAUAGCUGUAUUUGCAAAUAAGCAAGAUAUCGAGGGUGCCGCUAACGCAGAAAGAAUUGCAUCAAUAUUAGAGCUCCCAUUAAUCGGAAAAGACCGUUGUGAAAUAUUUGAAACCAGCGCAUUAACUGGCCAAGGAUUAGAUGAUGGCAUGAAAUGGCUUUCUGCUGCAAUUGAAACGAGCAGGAAGUAG